GUCUCGCACAACCUUGUUUCACGGACAGGAUUGUGUGUUGGUGUGUGUCUCUGUGCAUUUGUGUCAUGCACCUCUGAGCGCGCGCAGAGUAAUGCAGAACAUUCAGGAGAGGAGCAGAGACACCGUGCAGCGCGGAGGAUACCGGGACUCAGGACGGGACGAUGAGUCGGGACAGGUGCUCGGGAAGGCCGCAGACACAGAGCGCGAGACUCUGAUGAUGGAGCUCACGCGGCUGGUACAGAGGAGUGUGCGCGAGAGCAGCUGGUGGGAGAAGAGAGGAUUGGACUGCAGCAUCCUCAUCACAGCCUUCCUUACUUUACCUGCAGGAUUUAUAUUUUUAGGCUCAUCUGAGGUGAUGUAUUUCCUGUUGGGUAUGAUCAUUAUGGGUGUGGCACAUGCUGUCAUCACCGUUAAAGGGACGCACUUGGCCAGUCACGGUGCACUCAGUGAAUCUUCAGCUUGGACUGAAUUUUGGGCUGUUUUCUUUAUCGAAGUUUGUGGGUCGUUCUCUUCGAGAGCAGGUGUACAUGCUCAUGUCAAGAUGCAUCACGCUCACACUAAUGUCAUUGGUUUGGGAGACUCCAGCACCUGGAAAAUUCCCUUCCUACCUCGAUCCGUCUACCUGUUUAUCGCUCCGCUGGCUGUGCCCAUCAUCACUCCUAUUGUAGCCAUGGGUCAGCUGAAGGGUCAGUCUGUGUUUCAGAUCAUACGUACAGUAUUGUGUGUAUGUCUGGGGUUUUUCUCUCAGUAUUAUCUGCUCAGAUGCGUGUCUGGAUUGUCCUGCGGCUCCGCUCUGGUCGUCAUGCUUCUGUGUCGAGCCAUGUUCUCCGUUCCCUACAUACAUGUUAACAUCUUUCAGCACAUCGGUCUGUCAAUGUUUUCUCCAGCGUGUCGGCCCAAGCGGAUCUAUCAGAUGACACACGGUGUGCUGAAUCUACCCAGAAACCCUCUGCUGGACUGGACCUUUGGUCACUCCCUCAUUAACUGUCAUGUGGAGCAUCACCUGUUUCCAUUCCUGUCUGACAACAUGUGCCUAAAGGUGAAGCCCAUAGUAUCUCAGUAUUUGAAGGAGAAAAAGUUGCCAUAUCAGGAGGACGGUUAUCUCUCCCGUCUCUCUCUGUUCUUUCACAAGUAUCAGGAGCUGAUGGUCUUUGCUCCUCCCAUCACUGAACUAGUUGGAGUUCAGUGAGGAGUCCGGACUAAAUGAGAAUUGGGCUUUUCAGAUGAUUCCAGAUGUCAUUUAAUGUAAUUUAAUGAUGUUCAUUACUGCUGCUUUUUUGGGAAAGACUGGACAUUGGAUGAGAAAAGAAUGUAGGGCGGUUAAAUGAUGGUUGUAUUAUCUCACAUUUAUAUGCAAUGAUUAUCCGACUAACAUUACUGAUUGUAAUAAUCAUUAUGUGUGCUGACAUCAGAUCAGUGGCAGUACAGCAUUGUAGCUUUUACCUGUGGCCCCUAAUCAGCUCUCAGUUUAUAAAUACCAGAAUACCUAAUAUCUAGUAUUUACAUUAACAGUAUAGAUGUAGGCCUAUAUAGAAAACAAACACACAAACAGGUCGUAAUCUUGACACUGUGAAGAUGUUUCCUUAGACAUGCCAAUCAAAUAUUAUUGUUAAUGUCAAAGGUAAAUAUAGAUCAAAUAAUUUUUAAACAGGCAGGAAAACCCUGUCUUUAAGGUGAUUGUGACAUCUCAAGUGAGGCUUUAGCUUGCAUGUAAAGUGCAGAUUUGAAAAUAAUUUUGGUCAGUAUCACCCAGCUCUUCCCUAUAGCAACAUGUAAUAAAUGUUCAUAAUGCGCUAACGAUGCAUUAAAAGAUCUGAUUAUAUCAAACAGUAAUAAAUGCACAUGUGUUUUUUAUUAUUAUGAAUAGUUAUGGAUAAUGAGUUUGUGUUUAGUAUUGAUGAAGAAAGACUCAAAUCUGCACUGAUUGGGGAUCAGUUUGUGUCAUCGUUUCAGAGUUUUUUAACAAACUCAUUCAGAUUUGAUAAGCUUUAAAAACAAAUCAAUGCAAUUUGUGUUGUCUGUAUUGUAUGAGAGAAAAUUAUGCACAGAUUUUACUUACCAAAUAAACCAAAUCUAAAAGUAAACCGAAUUUAAA